CCUGGCCGCGACCCACGCCCAAACACACACGAGCGCACGCGGGCAGAGGCUGCGAGCUGCGAGGCGAGGCGAAGGCCCGGAGAGAGUGGUGAGGUGAGGCAGCGGAGGGCGGAGGAGGCUAGGCAGACGGCGCGGCGGCCCGUGUCCCCUGGCAGCGUCGGCGGGCGCAGCGGGAGCGGGUGAGGAGCAAAGGGGACGCGGCGCGGCGGGGUAGGGAGCUGCCGUUUGGGUACCGACCGGCACAACGGCGGCGGCGGCGGAGGCCAACGGCGGGGGCGGGGACCCCGCCGCUGCGAUGAGGCGACGCUGGGAUCUACCCGGCAAGGCGGCCGAGAACAUUGCAAUGGGGAAAGAAGUUUUAGAUAUGUCUACAGAUGAAGAAUCAGAUUGUGUUGUUAUAUGUCCACCUAAUGGAAAUGCUGACCACGUGGAAGUUGUGAGUGGCAGUCAUGAUGAAGAUUCUCCAGAAGGGAAAGAGACACCUUACGUUAUAGACUCACAUAUGGAUGACAAUGGCCAAGAAGACAUGCCUGUGAGCCAAGAUUCGCCGAAGCUGAUUCAUCAACAGAAGUCUGCUCUCCCCAAUUCACCAGCAAAACCUGGUAUAGCUGGACAUCAAGGGACUAGCCAUACUGUUCCUGAGCCAUGCACUAUUGCAACUGAAAGGAGAUCAUCUGGAGCAGGAAAUUGUAUUCCAGUCGUUCAUCCCACCAGCAGCGGAGAAAAACUUUCUGAUAAAAGCAGCUCCUCAACAAGAAGCAUGGCAAAGAAGAGUCUAUCAGUCACACCCAGGAAGCCUCUCCAACCUGACAAUACUUCUCACAGUCAAGAAGAGGACUCAUAUUCUGUCACUUCUUCAACUGUAACUUCAGCAAGAGCUGGAAAAACUAAGAAAACAACUGUUCCUGUUGCACCUACAUUCGUAUGUGCUAAUCGUGCUGAGAAGAGAGGAGAGUUUUAUACAAAAUUAGAAGAGAAGCGCAAGGCUUUGGAAGAGGAGAAACUCCAAGCAGAGGCCAGGAAAAAGGAAGAGGAAGAAGAAGCUCUAAGACAACUAAGGAAGAAUUUGGUUGUCCGUGCGAAACCCAUGCCAAACUUCUACCAGGAGGGACCCCCACCAAAGGUUGAACUUAAGAAGGUGCCUCCAACUCGCGCCAAGUCACCGAAAUUGACACGGAGAAAGAGCUGCAGUGACACCCCUCAUACACCAGAGGGGGGAAAUGGCAGUGCAGUAUGUUGCCGGUUACAUCGUCAAAGCAUUGGGAACUCCAAAGAUGUUAACAGCAAGGCACAAUGUUCUCCGAAGAGCUCUCCGAAGACUGGAUCAGCUACGAAAUCCAGGGCAACCAAAGCCAGGGAAGACCUGAAAGCUGUCAUGAAGAAUGUGGGGCAGCCAAGCUCUGCGAAUGUCGCUGUACAAAUCUAACUCAUGAGGCAUUCUCAUUCCCAUGUCAUUUUUCAUUUUAAUUUAUACCUCAUCACCAAAGGACGGCCUCAUGCCCUGACAACAGUGUGUUUGUUGCUAGAUUAUUUUUGCGUUGUUCCUUGUAAGAACCUUGCUACCAAGACCAUGCGCUGUUCUGUGUUGUAAAUUUGUUGAGGGUUUUGUAAGGGGGUAACUGAGUUGGUUCUGUAAGAACUAAGCUGGCAGCCGACGAGCUGUUGGAGUGACAUUUCUGUUGUACGGCGGCAUUCGCAGAUCCUAUGUAUUGUAUCAGAGCUGUAACUAAAUGUGGGCAAAUGAUCUGUGAUUGUUGUUGCAAAAUCUGAUAAGGUUCAUCUUUCAAGUAUCCUUAUGGAUCUGAAUCUUGGCCA